AAAUGUUAAAAAUUAUUCGUACAUAUAAUUGGGGGGAAUCCAAUUAAAUCAAAGACAUUGGAGAAAAAAAAGAGAAAGGUCUGAGAAUGUGAGUCUCAUGCUGUAGUUAAAAGAAAAAAAAGAGCUCAUGUGAUCUGACAAGUGGGGGAGUGAGCCAGAGGCAGGACGGGGCCUCUAGAGGCAGAGGAGGAGGACCAUCUGCUCUGUGGCCACGGUAGGAGAGAGAUCUCAGCUUGGGAAGAACACGGUGGACCCAUGGAGAUGCUCUGGGACCUUCCCCAGGGCUGGCCUGGCUGUUGGAAGGGACUCCUAUUCACAGUCACAAUCCUCAGCUCUUCUCUUCAGCUAGCUUCUUUGGCCCAGCUGAGCAUAGUGUCAAUUCCUUCCCACGGGACGGUCGGGAGCAACAUCACCUUGUCUGUCCAUGGGAUCCCGAAGGAGCCUCAGAAUUACUCCUGGUUCCGGCAGAUGCCCAAGGAGUCCAACAAGAUCGUCAGCUACGCAGUGCGGUCGGGAGAGCAGACUCAAGGACUCAACCACACUGGCCGGGAGAGCAUUUUCCCGAAUGGUUCCUUAUUUAUUAUUAAUGUUACUUCCAAUGAUAAUGGUGCUUACAUCGUGCAGGUCACCACGGAAGACUCAAAGCCAGUGUCAGGGCAGGGACAUUUGCAAAUCCAUGAUUCUCCCAUGCUCUCCCACAUUGGGCUGGUUGCCAGUAUUGUCCUGGGAGCGCUGGCUGGUGGGGUCGUCCUGGGCGUCCUGGGCUACUUCCUCUUUAAGCGGACUCGAGGGUCUGCGCGGACCAUAAGAAGAGAUUCUGUCAGAAGACGAAGGAAUCAUCCUAUAAAUCAGAAUCAUGGUGGAGAAGAUAUCGUGUAUGAAAAUCAUCAGUGGCAUCGAGGCAUGACCCUAACAGCCCAGGGAGAAGGCUUGUCAUCCAUCUCCUCUCGAGGGAUAUUGGAGAUCCCCGACCAGGCAUUGGACAUCAACAAAAUGGAUGUUUAUGAUGAAGUCAUGAUCUGGCCAACAGUCCAGGCCUCUGAGAGAGAAGGGAACCCCCGGAGAUGAUGAGUCUGUCCUGUUUUUCCAGGGACGUUCCAAGGAGACAGCAAGCUCUCACCCUGUGGCAGACCAGAGCAAUCACUCAGGAAACCUUGGGAGAGCCUCAACCUGAUCCCCAAGGGGCACCUGCUCCCACUGUGGCAGGGGGAUCCUGCCACAGCCUUGGGCUUCAGAUUUAGAGGUCAUUGUCCAGGGGCAACAGGGACUUUGUAGAAUUAGGGCAUCAGAGAAGGGGAGAUAUGGCAUGGCAGGACUACCCCAGAAAAGAGAAUGUGAAAGCUCCAUGGGAACUGUGAUGUUCUAGGUUCUAUAAUGUUCUAGAUUCAAAGGGCUGCCUACUCCCUCCCCAGCCCUGAUAGUCUGGAUUCUGAGGUCCCUGCCAGCUCUGGCAUUCUAGAAUCUAGGUUCCAAAUAUGAUGUGAUCUGUGUAGAUGCUUAUCUCUCUUUUUCUAGGCACCUUAUUGUUUAUUCAUUCAGGCAAGGAUGACAUUAAUUUUAUUUCAUUCAAUAAUCAUUAAAGUACCUACUAUGUGACAGAUGCAUGAUAGGUACUUGGGUAUUGGAGCUAAAGAGAAAAAAAAAAGCAGAAGAGUCCCUGCCCUUAGGAAACUUACCUUUUCUUGAGUGAGUGGGAGGCACAUAAAAUAUACAUAUAUAAGCAAAAAUAAAAUACAGUAAAUACAAGGUAAUGGGGGUGGGGGAGGGAGAAAAUCCAGGCUAACUGAGGUUGGGGGAGGGGGGAAAGGAAGGGGGAAGUGAAUCAGGAAAUACCCCCUGAGCAGAGCCUGAAAAGGAACUUGGGAUUCCGAGAGGAAGAGAUGAGGAGGGGUGAGGUCAGGAUCCAAUGGGGGCAAAGAUUGUUAUGUCAGAUCUUCUUCUUGUGCCUGAAAAAACUCACUCUGGUGGUUUCAUAUUGGCUGCCUGAACCCUCUUAAGUCUUUUUUCAUAUGACUUGCUGUUAAUAUAAUGCUCUCCUACCUGUUAUUUGUCUUGUUUAUUUUCUUUUUAAGCCCAAGGACAGGACUUUACAUUUCUACCUAUUAAAUUUCAUCUUGUUAAUUUCCGAA